GUCUGACUCUGAGCUCCCACUGCAGCCCAGUGGGAACACUGCUCCCGGGAGAGCUCUGGAGUGUUCCUGAAGAGGAAGUCCAUGGGGACUGUACCUGACCCUCUGAGGGCGGCUAAAACGUCUCUGAUUGCAGCUGCUGGAAAGGAAGAGGAUCUGGGAGAGGGCCGGACGGCCUCGCCCCCACACCGCCCGGCUGUCCUGUGUCAGAACGCCAAUGGCUUUGCAGGCGCCCCUGCAGAGGCAGACCUCAGCCCCACGGCAGCCGCCAAGCCCCUGAUGCAGGCUCGGGGGCAUGAGGGCACCCAGCCAGACAUGCCUUCCCCCGGUGUCUUCAGUGAAGUGGAGAAAGCACCUCCUGCGCUCAACUCUCCUGCCAGUCCCCAGCUGCCAGGGAGCAGCCAGCCCCCGGCGCCAGCCCCAAGUCCCGCGGCAGGAAAGGCUCUUGUACACGCACCGUUUCCAAUGCCAGCCAAUCAGCACGCCCACCAGACCAUCCCGGGUGAUCAGUGCGGUGCCAGCCCCCCAUCGGUACCCGAAGAUUCCCUGGUGGGAUCACAGAGAACCUCAGAUGAGGUGCAACCUGAGAAGCCAAGUUGUCCUGCAGGAGACACCUGUAGCAGCAAAGAUCAGGUGUCCUGUGAGUUUCCUUCUCAAAACGCAGUGCAGGGAAGGGUGCAGUCUCCAAAUGCAGUGGCUAAGGCGUCCAGUUCAGUUCACUGUCCUGGAAGCGGACCUGAAGGGGAGAGGCAGGGAGCUCUCUGCGACUCCGAGACUAGGUCCUGUGAACCUCCAGCUGGAGAAGAUGGAUGUUCAGAGGACAGGCAGCCCUCUGUCACUGCCUCUGACCCCCAAGGCAUAACUUCUGUGACCCCUCCACCACCCGCCCUCGCUAGCGAAGGUUCGGCACAUCCUCCAGAGCCAGAGACGGGGCUGCCUCCGGCACGACAGCAGAUGUCAAGGUUCAGAGAAGCCAGUACGAUGACCAACCAAGCUGCAGGGGAGAUGAAGGCAGGUCCCGGCCGGGCUCGGCAAGACGUGGAGGUGCAGGCAGUGGCGAGUGUCCAGAGCAGAUCGGUCUCCACCAGCCCCAGCAUCCUGGCUGCAUUCUUAAAGGAAAGCCCUGCUCCCGGGCGCUUUGAACAAGAGCAGCUGUGUGUUGUUUGCCACGGCAGUGGCGCUGGGAGCCACACGUUAGAGCUCUCUGCCAGCACGCCGGCCCCCCUGGAGGCGGGUCGCUGCCUUGGUAUCAUGCCAGAGGUGCACAUUCAGGCAGCUGCAGCUGUCUCCACAGCUUGCCAGGGGGCAAGUAAACCAGGGAGCCUGCCAGGUGAGGUGCUUAAAGCCUCAUCCGUCAAGGUGGCCUCCAGUAACAACCAGGACAUGCGGAAAGAAGAUGGGGCGUCAGCAGCAAUGACUCCAGGGAGGGAAGAACUCAGCGCUCCCCAGCUCUCGGGUACUAAUUCCAGCUCCCUGAAAGCUGGCCCCAUGGACGAGAUUUCCAUCAGUGCAGACAGUCAAGCUGAAACAAGUCAUGCACUGGGAAAAUUCGAAACCAAGCCACCUGAGCUUGCAGCGCAAACCACACAUGGCCACAAAACAGACCCAGAUUGCAAACUGUCCGCCUCCUGUGGCCCUGCCAGCAAAGCUGACCAGUCUGGGAGCUUGGAUCCCUCCAACAAAGGAAGCGCACGGUCUCCUGAGAUAGUAAAAGAACAAGAGUCUACUGGCACCGAUGCCCUGGAUGCCAAAACCGGACUGCUCAAUCCCCAAUGUCAAGACAGUGGAGGCGCAGGCUCAGCUGUGAGUCCCACACCCUCCCCGGUUAGAAAGAACCAGGAGGGUGCCUUAGAAGAAAAUAGACAGCCCAAGACAGCCACCAGCCUGAGCCUGCCCUCCGAUGCCAUGGGUGACUCCAGCCCGGGUUCUGGCAAGAAGACCCCUUCGCGCUCGGUCAAGGCCAGCCCACGCAGGCCCAGCCGGGUCAGCGAGUUCCUCAAGGAGCAGAAGUUAAACGUGACGGCGGCUGCCGCCCAGGUGGGACUCACUCCAGGAGAGAAGAAGAAGCAGCUUGGCGCGGAAUCCAAGCUUCAGUUGAAACAGUCCAAGCGUGUCAAAGACGUGGUGUGGGAUGAGCAGGGAAUGACCUGGGAAGUGUACGGCGCAUCCCUGGACCCGGAGUCCCUAGGAAUCGCGAUCCAGAACCAUCUACAAAGACAAAUCAGAGAGCAUGAGAAAUUAACCAAAACUCAGAGCGGCCAGAGCCGGAGAUCCAUCUCCUCGGAUACUUCUUCGAAUAAGAAGCUCAAAGGAAGGCAGCACCGCGUUUUCCAGUCCAUGCUGCAGAACUUUCGACGCCCCAACUGCUGUGUUCGUCCUGCCCCUUCCUCUGUGUUAGAUUGAAAGGGAACAUGUCUGGGGGUCCGUGUACGCACUUACGGAAUUCCUAAGUCUUUAUCUGUGUCAGGGCUGAUUUGGUGUU